ACUCUGCUGCGUCACCGACUGGCCCACGAGCCUCCUCACCUGCCGAAGAACAUGCCGCUGUCAUCUCUCCUCUCUGCCGACGCCAUCGCCAGCGCGAUCAAGGACUGCCAAGCACCAGACUCCUUUUGCCCCAAGAGGUUCUUCCAGGUGUGCGGCCUCACCAAGAAGACCGCCCAAGAUAUAAAGAAGGUUUUCGGCAUCCUGGACAACGACGAAAGCGGCUACAUCGAGGAGGAGGAGCUCAAGUUUUUCCUCCAGAGGUUUUCUCCCACCGCCCGGGUCCUAACAGACACGGAGACCAAGGCCUUCCUGAACACCGCCGACGACGACAGCGACGGCCGCAUUGGAGUCGAUGAGUUCCAAGCUAUGGUCCAGUCCUAAACAUGUGGACACCCUUUUAUCAGCUGUCCUUCAUUUUACCAGGCUUCAAGAACUCCUUUAAUUUCGGCAUGUGGUCCACAUUAUC